AGAAGUUUUUUUGACAAUACCUAUGUAAUAAAAAAACCAAUCGAAUUCCACAGAAAUUGGCGCCUUUUCAGUAGAAGUUUUUUUGGCGAAAGUGAAGUAGUGUAUAUUUUGGUUUGUGCUGUAAAAUUUGUGAAAAAAGUGAAAAUUCGGAAACAAAUUUAAUUUUCCGCGUUUAAUUUAUAAAAAUGGUAUACAAAAUGUCAGUAAUCCAUGUCUAAAACAAUCUUAAGUCAUGUGAAUAAAUUGAUUACAGGCAGCUAACAUGUCGUUGGACAAUUUACAUUGUACCCGAUGUGCCGAUGGUUUUCAGCCAAAUGAAAAAAUAGUCAAUUCAAAUGGUGAAUUGUGGCAUACGCAAUGUUUUGUUUGUGCCCAAUGUUUCCGCUCUUUUCCCGAUGGCAUUUUCUAUGAAUUCGAGGGUCGUAAAUAUUGUGAACAUGAUUUUCAUGUCUUAUUUGCACCCUGCUGCAAUAAAUGUGGUGAAUUUGUUAUUGGACGCGUUAUCAAAGCCAUGUCGGCCAGUUGGCAUCCACAGUGUUUCCGUUGUCAGUUGUGUGCCAAAGAAUUGGCUGAUAGCGGUUUUAUACGUAAUCAAAAUCGUGCCUUAUGUCAUGAGUGUAAUGCCAAGGUUAAGGCUGAAAUAACUGGUCGUUAUGUGUGCCAAAAAUGCCACGGUCUUAUUGAUGAGGAACCUUUGCGUUUCCGUGGUGAAGUUUAUCAUGGUUAUCAUUUCAAUUGUACUGCUUGCGGCCAAGAAUUAGAUUCAACCGCAAGAGAGGUUAAAAGUCGUCCAGGUUUGGCAGCUAAUGAUAUGAAUGAAUUAUAUUGCCUGCGUUGUCAUGAUAAAAUGGGUAUACCAAUUUGUGGCGCCUGUCGUCGUCCCAUAGAAGAACGUGUUGUCACUGCCCUGGGCAAACACUGGCAUGUAGAGCAUUUUGUAUGUGCCAAAUGUGAAAAACCAUUCUUGGGACAUCGUCAUUAUGAGAAACGUGGCCUGGCAUAUUGUGAAACUCAUUAUCAUCAAUUGUUUGGCAAUUUAUGUUUUGUAUGCAAUCAAGUUAUAGCCGGAGAUGUUUUCACGGCCCUUAAUAAAGCCUGGUGUGUACAUCAUUUUGCCUGUUCUGUGUGCGAUACAAAAAUGACUCAGAAAUCGAAAUUCUAUGAAUAUGAUGAGAAGCCAGUUUGUAAGAAAUGUUAUGAACGUUUCCCCACUGAGCUUAGAAAGCGUUUAAGAACAGCUCAUGAAAUGACUAUGAAUAAGAAAAUGUAAAUUUAACAAAUCUGUUAAAAAACAAAACAAAAUACGAUUUUAUAAAACAAAAACAAAACAAAACAAAAUACAAUACCUACAAAAUAGUGCCUUGAAAAAUAACAAUAUUAAACAAUAAUGAAACCUUAAAUAGUACACUGCAACCGAAUAAUAAUUCUAAUAAAUAAAAGAAACAAAUUGUUUUAAACUAAA